AACCUGGUCUUUAUGAUCAGCUUGAUUUAGUUCUGUGAAUUAAUCAGUCUGAAUAACGUUCUUGUAUAUUAUAUUAUUACAGUUUAGAGUAUGUACGUUAGAAAUUAAUAAUCGUUUGGAUUUCAUGUCAUAUUGAAUUAAUAUGAAACAUAUUUAUUAACGUUUUAUUCUUAAUUAUAAACAUAUUUCAUGUCAUACAAUACUUAAUAGCAAUACUGCUACUCUGGAGGAAAAGAUAGAUGCAUGUUUACAGAUAACAACAUCACCAAGUCUAGCACACUUUCAAGAUUUACCAAUCUGGAUGCUAUGGAGGCUUUGGAAGAGUCAAAACUUGCUUAUAUUUCAACAAAAAAAGCAUUGCUUGGAGAAAUUUAAUCCAACAAGCGAGGUCUGAUGCUACUGAAUGGAAAACGCAGAGCAAAGCACAACAAUCAUAGCUAUGCAGCAUUGUUGGAGCAAAGGAUAUACGAACUGGUGGAGACAACAAUUUCAUAAAAUCAAGUUCGUAUAGAUAUCAAGAGAAGGAAACAGAGUUGAUGAUGCUUUGGCGAAAAAUUUACUACCUCCUCUUCAAACAUUUGUCUUUCAUUAUUAUGUACCAAAUACUAUAACUCAUUUGUUACAUCAAAGACCAUGUAAAUUCUAUUAACUAAUAAAAUAUUGAAGUUAAAAGAAAAAAUAACUGUUUGUGCUUUUAAAUUACAAUAAAAAACUACAGGACUUUAAUUUGAAAGAGUUGUUUUAUAUGAGAAGAUUUUGAUUAGUAUCUCGUAGUUAAUAAUUUGUUCACUGUAAUUUUAGCAAUUUUUUUAAAAAGAGGAUAACUUUUGUUUUCAAUAAAAUCUUCAUCUUUUUUGAGCAACUUUUUCCAUUAAAAUCUCUAUUCUCGAAAAUCAGAUUAAAAUGCUGCUCUUAAGAGACGGGCCCUAAAUUUGGGCUUGUUCUCAGCCCAUUUAAUAUGACUUUGAGGCCUUACUCUUCCCUGUGGUUCACCUCAAAAUGGUGGAGGAGCAACGGCGAAGUCGUAGUGGUUGGUCUAGGGUUUUAAACUCAGUGCCUGCGCCAUGAAAACACGGCGUCGUAACCUCUCCGGGAAUGAUCUAACCACUACCAGACGUAAUACUCGAUCGAAGACCUUAGAGAAUGGAAGAGACAACUCAUUACCAUUUCCAGUCGAUCUCAUCAUGGAGAUAUUCUCGAGGCUGCCGGUGAAGUCAAUAGCUACAUGUAGGUGCGUUUCGAAGACGUGGUCCUCCGUCCUUCGCCGUCAAGAUUUCACGGAGCUGUUCUUGAGCAGGUCACGCACACUCCCCAAGCUGUUGCUCGCCUACCAAAAGGACGGUGACUUGUUCUUCUUCUCUGCACCUCAGCCGCAAAAUCCGGAUGAGAAUUCGUCUCCUGUAGUGGCCACUUAUCGUAUGAAGUUGUCUUUUGAUGCCUACUUCCGUAAUGGUGCGUUUGGAAUAAAUGGGCUUGAUCAUGGCUUGGUGGGUCUUAGUGGAAGGACACAUUCGGUGAUAUGUAACCCUAGCACUGGACAAUCUUUGCCUUUCACCAGGGCGAAGACAAGGUCAAUGAGUUUGUUUGGGUAUGAUCCUAUUGAUAAACAAGUCAAGGUGUUGUCCAUGUGGGGAGCAAAGUUUUCUGGACUGCUCAAUGUGGUGGCUGAGGAGUAUCAAGUUCUGACAUUAGGAACAGAAAACCCGUCGUGGAGAACGAUCGAUUGUGGAUGCAUACUCAGUUAUUAUUCUCAACAUGUGAGGCAAAAAUGCAUCAAUGGUGUUUUGUACUAUUUAUCUACUGACAUGUCUACAGAGACUACUGUGUUAGUUUGCUUUGACGUUAGGUCUGAGAAGUUCAGCUUUGUUAAAGUUAAGACGUUUGUCACUGAGGGAACUAUGAUCAACUACGAUGGUAAAUUAGGUUUCCUUCGGGCUGGAAAAUCUGUCUGCGCUUAUAGAGAAAGUAGAAUUGUUAACCUGUGGGUACUAGAAGAUAUCGAGAAGCAGGAAUGGUCCGAGCGUACGUUUGUAUUGCCCGCUUUGUGGGAGGAUGUUGUUGUGAGUGCAAUAUUAGGCUUUGUUGGAAUGACGCGGACAAAUGAGAUUGUGAUGAGGCCGCUGAGUAUUCUACCAAUACCUUUGUACCUAUUCUUCUUCAAUACCAAGAGGAAUACUGUCGUUAGGAUUGCAAUCCAAGGAAUGGAUGUGUCUGAGUAUGAUAAAGUUCACAUCUUUCUGGACCAUGUAGAUAAUGUGGAGCUUAUGUAAGUGUUUAGGUACUUCAAAACCUGAGACUUUGUUUGGCUAUCUGUGUUCUAAGUUAAGAUUGUUGCUUUAUACUCUCUUCUCUUUAGAUGGAAAGCUACUUUGUGCUUUGUACUCUCUUCUCUUUAAAGCUACUUUAUGAUUAGCUUGAUUAGUUCUUGGUGAAUGAGAAUGUUCUUGUAAGAGAAGCUAAAAAAACCUGAAUCAAAAAUGUUAUAGAA